CAAAUUAGGCCUACAAUCCGAAUAAUGUUUUGAUGAGCAGCAUAAAUGUGUCCACUAAUGAUCGUUGUGUUAUCUUUCACAUCGUGCGAAUGUAAAUACUGAAUAACUCGACAGUUUCCGCUGACAGGAAGCAGAACCCACUGAAGUCAAGCGCAGGAAAAAGAAACAAAACCAAAUGUGACACAUUCCCCUCACAUGUAGCCGCACCAACGCUGAAAUCAUCCACGUUCUUCUGCUCCAUGAUGCUGAAUAAAUUGCUGUUACUUCUCUGUCUAGGGGGAUCCGGUUUUGCCAAAGAACCUCCAGAUGCCGACUGUGUUGUUUUGCAUUUGAAGUUUGUUAAAUGUACCUGGAACAGAUACGGCAAUGUAACAGUCAAUUACACCUUCAACAGCUGGUUUGAGGGUGAAGAUGCCAGAGCGUGUGAGAUGUACCUGACAAACAACAGCAUAAAAACCGGCUGCAUUCAGCCGUAUGGUGACAAAAACAACAGGUUCAGAACGUUUCACAUGCAACUGGUGCAUGGCAACGACACUUUUCCGAAGACUGCUGACCUUAAAAGCAAAGUGAAGUUAAAUCCGCCAACCAACCUGACUGUUCAGAAUGGAUCAGACUGGAAUCUGUGGUUCUAUUGGAAUCAGACAUUUGCAUGGUGUGUGCAAAAUGAGGUUCGCUACAGGACCAAUUACAAGAAGUGGGAUACAAACACUGUCAAUCGAGGGAAGCUAAAUUACUGCAUCAACUUACCCUCCAGUCGUUCCCGGUAUGAGCUUCAGGUGAGAAGCAGAUUUCAUGAAGCAUGCGGAGCUUCUGGCUGGAGCGACUGGAGUGAGACUGUGAUGUGGGGAUCAAACACAGGCCCAGAAAGUGAUCAAGGCAUGGUCGUGUGGAUAACUGUGUACGUUUUGGCUCCCGUCAUACUCAUCCUAAUGGUCGUGCUGUUGCUGCGUUAUGAGAGGUUCAGAAUCAUCUUCAUUCGGGUUGUACCGAAACCAUACUUAAAUUCCAUUGGGGAAAGGAGCAACCAGCCUUGGCCUCAACUCUCCAAAGUUUUUAAAGAAGGCUUCAAGGCAAACUACCACGAGCAGCCCUGUCCUGUUCGAGAGUACCGUCAGGUCUCCCAAUGACCAGUCUGACAGCCAAGGCUCGAAAAGUUCCACAUCCAGUUCCCCUCAGCACAAACCAAACGGACCACUCCAUCCUCACAGACAAACUAACAAGCAAGAAACAUCCUGUUCGUUGUCCACCUCAAGUCUUUACCAAUUCUUUUUAUUCCGGAGCUCAGUUUUUUGUUGUUGUUUUUUCUUUUUAAUCAUCUUAUCGGGUUAGGGUUUCACCAUGAUGUAUUGGAAGUGCCUGAUCAGUAUGGUCAGCAAGACAUGUAUAAAACAAAUUAUGAAAUUCAGAUUAGGAUAAAACAGAAGUAAAAUCACUGACUGUGUAGACACCACUUGCUUCUUUCUACCUGUCAGUAAAUUUUCCUAUCCACUCUUAUUUUGCUAUUGACAAAUUUGAAGUAACUACGACUUGCAAUUGGAUAACCUGCAUGUACAGUAUCACUUCUAUUUUUAAGUUUCUCAAUAAAAUACACAAUAAUUCUCACAAAAA